AUGGCGAAAUUUUUACGGCUCUCCAUUGUCUUCCUUCUAUGGCUCUCAGUUUUCGUUUCAGAGACUGCUAUGGUGAAAAUUCAUCGCGCUGUACCGCGAAAUGCCAAGCAAACACGCGCAGAUUCAGACUUGAGUUGGUUUGGUUUUGAACCCUGUAAAUUUCUGCCUGACUUGUCGAAGAUGUUCGUGAAGAAAGAAGCGUGGUUAUACUCGAUUCCGGCCACAAUUCUCGUUGGAAUGUGCGGUAUAUUUCCUCUUCUUGUGUUUCCUGUGGAAGCUGGACAGGCUUUGCGAGAAGGCGGUGAGUUGUUAGUUAAAUUAUAGUUUGGUUCUCUUUAUCUCUGGAUACCUUGGUGUUGUCGCUCUUUUAAAGUAUAUUCGAUACGGCUUAUGUUUCCGCAGUACUCAAGGCUCGAGGAAGCCUUUUGAAAUGUUACCACCAAAAGGCACAUCUUUAAAGAUUUUUCGAUUUGGUAUUCGAGAAAACAACGGUUAGCUUGCAAUGUAUUUAAGCAAAGAUUGUGAAUUAAACAGAGUGGCGAAACCGAUCCCUAUUGGGAAAUGGACAGCGUAUUGAAUUUAUUUAACCAGCUGUUUUUAAUCAAUAGAGCAUUGUACACAUAAUUUACGCCUCCUGUCCUCUGUGCAAAAGGUUUGUUUUUGAGAUUGGGUUUUGCAGCGAUAUAUUUUAAAUCGCGAUAUAUUUUAAAUCGCUAUAUAUUUUAAAUCGCCAUACAUAAAACGAACUUAACGUGAAGUAGUUCGACGAGUUAUUGUGGCGACUCACUUUUACGUACAGUAAUUUAUUCUGGUGAAGAAUUUCUUUCAGCGAAAAACACUCAAACGAAAUCUUCAUCAAUAUUUCUUUCCCAGGUGUUCAGCUUAUAUUUGCAUUUGUAUCUUUUAGCUUUUCGCUCUCUUCUUUGUGGAUAUUUCUCCGUUCUCACGUACACGUUAUUUCACCCCGGCAGAAGUAAUGGAAUCGAGUCGCCAAUUAAUUUUUUAAUUCAUAGUAUAUUUUUCGUUCCUGAAAAAGAACACUUCUGUAUCUUUUCUCUUAAAUGCAAUUUCCUUAUAGGGUAAAAAUAUUUGAGUUUUAGCAAUGUAAGAUGAAAACAACACGCUAGUUAACGUUUCCUCGAAAAAGGUUCGUGGUUUCACGAAGAAAUUUAAUCGCACCUAUAAUAUCCAAGCAGCAUGUAUAUCACGAAUAUUCUGAAUACACUGUUGCAGUGACACAAAUCUUUUUACAGUUGUUUAUCUUCAAAAUGUUUUAAGUAGAUAAUGUUCCUUAUUCACAAGCGUUUAUUAAAACGGGAUUCCUGUUUUUGUGACGAGAAACAAUUUGCAUGACUAAUAGAUUUUAAAUAACGUUGUAAUAACUCCUAGAUUUUGUCAUCCGACUCUGUCGAAAUUUCGUAAUUCGUUGUGGAAAAAUAUCUCAAAUUUCAUCUUGACGUAAUGUGCGAAAAUGUUAUAUUUAAACAGGUAUAUUACCAUCAUUUCCAAUAUUUACACUGUAAGAGGAUUUUCCUCCAGGAUAUUUGUCAGCUGGGCCGCCCUAAUAAUUUGUCAGUUUUCUUUAGUGCCAAUGGUUUCCUGAAAUGUAAACAAUUAACGAGAAAUAAUAAUUUUUUUUUUUGAAGUUUACACUCAGUUCAGAAUGAAAAUAACACAACCAAAUUUAGGGGCUUAAUCUGUGAUAAAAACUCAAAUACUGUAUCCUGCUUUGAAUCUCGUGACACAUUUUGUUUUAUUUUUCAGCAUUAGUGUGUAUGUAUCAAUUAUAUAAAUAUACUUUUUUAAUGUUUGACCUAAUCCAAACAGAAUUUUUUUAUCCAGUUAUGUCAUGAUUUUCAAAAUCUCUGCACGUUUCUGUUACAUAAUUUUGUGUAUAUUUUUUUAACACUUGACCUAAUCCAAACAGAUACUUUUUUUAUCCUCUUAUGUAAUGAUUUUCAAAAUGUCUACAGGAGGUCUCAAAAAUCUAAAACCUUUCUGUGGUUGGAUGUUCACUGUGAAGGCCAGGUCACCCUCGUGCGGUAUCCUCCUGAGUUACAUGUUGUCCCCAAGGGAGCCAUCUUGCCCUCAGGAUAGUUAUGUCACUAACAUUUUGAGAUUUAGACAUUUGACAAGGGGAAAGUAGGGUGAUGCCAGCUUUUUUACCCUUUAAACCUGAAGAGUGACUAGCAUCUUAUUUCUCCAUACAGCAACAGUUACGAAUCAUUCAUUCAGAUCAUGAGAAUGAUCCCCAACCUAAGAAGCUUUGAUUGCUAAACAAAUUCUCCUUCUCAGUGUCAUAGAUAAUGUAUAGUGACUAGUAGGGGGAAUAGAAAGCUACAGUAAGGUUAGGGUGUAAAGGUUUAUUAUUUGAUAAAUAUAUUCUGCUAAACAUUGGGGUGAUUCAGCCAAAUGCAAAUGAAAUUAAUUUUAAAACACAUUUUGUUAUUCUUACCUUCCAGUCACAGCGGAUCAUCUGAAGUUGCUUUUAAGUUUUGCAGUUGGUGGUUUAUUAGGAGAUGUUUUUCUUCAUCUGUUGCCAGAGGCUUGGGCUCAUGUUCAUGAAGGUAAGAUUCAUUUAUUGAUAAAAUGAUCACUAUUAAAACUUGAUGAUACCUCAGAAUUCUCCAGAGUUCUUUUCUGGGGGGCUUUCACUGCACUGUUGGUUAGCUCUGUUCUGUCUUUACCCAAUGGCUGGGGCAUUUUGUGAUCUUCUUGUGCAAGAAGCAUGAUAAAUACCUUCCUUUGUUUCCCCUCUUUACUGAAGAGCAUAAACCAAUCUUUCAGGGAAAUGCAAUUAAUUUUUGUCUGUGAAGUAGGGAGAAGCAGUUAUGAUUAACAUAUCUUGCCCAAGAACACAAGACAAUGACCUGCCUAUUGUAACUGUAUUUCUUAACCUGGCCUCGGGGUAAUGGUAUCUACUAGAUAAAUCUCUGUCUGGUGGAUGGCACAGUAAGUUUUGCAAUCUCUUGUCUCCUGGAAAGUGAUUUAUCUAUGGGAUUGCAUUAUCUACCCAUUAGAAAACUGGGUUCUGGAGUUGGGCAGAUUAACAAACAAGCCACUGGCAUCUAACACAUCCAUGUGAAGCACAUUUACCUACAUGUAUUGUACUUUAUAUUUUUUUUACUUUUUCUCAUAGGAGAUCCACAUACCAACCAUUUCUAUAUUGGCUUUUGGGUGCUGGCUGGAAUGUUUGGAUUUUUAACUUUAGAAAAAAUAUUUGCUGAAGAAAAUGAAGAUGAAAAAAGUCUCAAGGAGAAGGACAAAAGUGAAGGAAAGGUGAGUUAGGAUGUUUUUACUUGAAAUGAUUUAGUUUGGGAUUGACCUCAGCUUUUAACCCUUUAACUCCCAGAAGUGAUUAAAAUGAAACAUCUCCCUUUAAUAGCUGUACGUUAUCCAGCAAACAGGUAAUGAGAAUAUUCAAACUUAUCAGAUCGAAGCUGCUAUCUUCAUCCUGCACCAAAUCUCAUCACUAAUUUACAAGGAAAUGUGUAGCAGCCAGAGGGGAGAAUUAAGGAUUAGACCUUGGAAGUUUAGGGGUUAAGGAACGAAGAAUAAGCCUGUGAGCUAGCAAGCUGUACACUGGGCAGAUUUAAACAAUUUGUUAUCCUAACUUUUACAGUUUCCAGAAAGUCACAAAUUUGCAAGCUUUUUUGGGUUGUUGAAACUAGUAGGAGAGAAGCUGCAUGAUAACUUCACUUAACUGAGUUUAAUUUCAUAAGUGUACAUGUAUCUUCUAUUCUUAUUGCUUGUGCUCACAGACUACAUGUACCUGUCGGUGUUGGUGCAUGAACAACUGCUCUGAAAAUGUUGUGUGACAAUUGGAUCAUACAUGUGAGUCAGCUUUGCAGAUAUGAAGAAAUUGGAAAGUUUAGUGAGCACUGGGUUGCCCUUAGCUGUACUUCAAUCAACUUUUAUGGAUCUUUUGUGCUAUCAAAACUAUUGUUAGCUUUAUACCUAAUUUUUUUGUACAUGUAUCUUGAUGAUGUAGUAUAUUCACAAACUUUGGUUUAAGUCUGGUUGAUUCUUUUUCUAAGAAUGUCACAAAUGGUGCCAUUUCCAAUGGAUGUGCUCAUCAUGAAAACUCAGCUAAGAAGAAAGAUGUAUGCAAUGGAGAACUUCAUAAUGGGACAGUUUCAAAUGGAGACGUCAAAAAGUCAGACACACAUCUAAGGCAAAGAAAUAGAGAUACUUCAAGUGAAAGUAGCACACCAAAUGAAACAGUUCAAGAAACAGGUAGGAAGAAUAUGUGUUACGAGUGUCAAUGUAGAGCAGGGUUGUUCCUAGACAAAACUCAGGAUCGUCGGUAACAACAACAAACUGUUUUAUUUCCAUGCAGUUGACUUCUUGUCUUUACAGCACUAAGCUUCUUCGCAAUUCUCUCUCUCCAUUUAAUGAAACUGUCACUCUUAUAUACAUAAAGUACAAGGAUCUAGAAACUUCUCUAAAGAACUAAAUUUAGUAGAUUAACAUGGUUUCUAAAUUUGAAUAAUUAUGUAAGAAAUAGAAUGUUCCAGAAUGUUGUUUUUACCAGAAGGUCACGUCUAGAUGACUUUGGGUUCUAGACUGUUCUAUAGAAUGUUCUAGGACUUAACUUAGAAGAUUUUUUGUAACAAUAUGAAUUCUAUUGGUACCUUUCAACUCUUUCCAUCGUAUCAAACUUCAGAUACCUUUAACUUGUAGAAGUGACUGACAUGUUCCUGUAACUUCUCCCUAUAAUAUACAUACAUUUUCCAGCCAACAGGUAGUAAGAACACUCAAAUUUAACAGGUUGAAGUGUCCUCGUGUACCUGUAUGAAAUCAUUUUCCCAUUUCUAUCUCUCCAUUUAAUAUAAAUGACUUGUCAAGAAGUGGAAUAUCAAAUUAAAAUGUUCUUUAUCUGCUAUUUUUCCUCCUAAAAUAACAGCUCUUCAAGAAACACAAGACACAAAGGAAGAAAAUGUUAAAGUAAGCAUCAACUUUAUCCCUUUCAAUUCCAAAAACGAUCAGCAUCUUAUUUCACCCAACAGUAAUACAACUGAAACAUUAAUUGAGAUCACAGGAACAAAUGAAUUGAUUGUCAACUGAAGAAGCUUUGAUUGUUGAACAAAUUCUCCUUAACAUGACCAAAGGAAAUGUUUGGAGAUGGGUAUGGAGAAUAUUUAUUCAAAUGUUAGUGUGAAAAGGAUUUGUUUAUAAUGAUCAUCCAUCACCAGUGUGUGAUAAGUUUACUUGAGUUAAGGUGUAUUUAGUUAAUAUGUUACUUUAAAUCUGAAAAACUGUUUAUUCUUUAUAUACUUUCAUAUCCUAGCUAGGGCAAUGUUAUGAUAAAAAUAUGUGAAUCUGAGCAUUAUCAUUUUGUUUGAUGGUUUUCAGGUUAUCGGAUAUCUUAACUUGUUAGCUAAUUCAAUUGAUAAUUUUACACAUGGCCUUGCUGUGGCUGGGAGUUUUGUUGUCAGUACAAAGGUGAGUCACCCCUAAAUUCUAACUCGUGACUCAGAAAUUCAGUGACAAAUUUUUCAAAAUUUAUUCAUCAUUGCAUUGUUUUUGUUGUUUACUUGUUCAUAUUAUUGUUUUAUCAUUGUUACACAGCUUAGGACAUUCACUGCUUUAAGUUACUGAUUUUCUUUUCUGAUAAAUUUCUUAUUUUUUUAUGGCAGGUUGGAUUGUGUACAACAUGUGCAAUUCUUUUGCAUGAAGUACCACAUGAAGUAAGUACACUGGAUACUGAGAGCUUUUGAUCUGUAUGCAUGAACAUUGUUUGGAUCAUGAUAGAGCUAUACAUUGUAUUGCUAUGAUUAAGAUAGUAGUAAUUAAUAAUAAUAAUAAUAAUAGUAAUGAAUGUUAUGGUUACUAUAUUUUUAGCUUUUAGUUUUAUUUAUUUUCAAUACUUUAAGUUAUAAUAAUUGUAUCUAUCAUGUUAUAGUCACAGUGUAUUUCUGUAGAACACUUUAUCUAAAUGAAGUUUAAAAUGUGAUUUGUUUAUACAAGAUAAUUUGAUUUCAUCAACUGAGUAAAAUUGGCCACCAUUAAGAGUUUCUGAAUCAGAUGUUUCAAGCUUUAGCCUAUGAGUGAAGUCAACUCAGUUGACAAAACCAAGGUAUUAGGUAAUACCCUCCAUUGAUGCUAAACCAAAGUUGUUUCAGAAACUUACCCCCCUCUAUUAAUUUGUUAACAGGUUGGUGACUUUGCUAUCCUUUUAAAAUCUGGGUUCAGAAGAUGGGAUGCAGCAGUAGGACAAGUAAGCUAUGUGAACUUAAUUUAGAAAAUUUAUUUCGCUUGUUAACUUUACAUUUAAAACCUCAAGUUCUUAGAUGUCAUCUCAUGAUGAUGAUGUGAAAAACGUGGGGAACUUAAAUGUGCAGGGUGGAGACACUUGACAAAGCUACAUGUGGUCUCUAAAUUCUGUUUCAGAAGUGGUAACAAGCUACAUCAACAUUUGUUGACAGAAUUUAUUUAAUUUUUCAAAGUUUUUUGUUUUCUUUUUCCAUUUCUGCUAGAUGGUUACAGCAUCAGCUGGACUUGCUGGUUGUGUUUUUGGACUAAUAGCUGAUCAUGCAGGUUAGAUUGUUUGUUUGUUUGUUUGUUUGUUUGUUUGUUUCUUGCUAACUUACGUUAGUGAGAUCAUGAAAUUUUUACAAACUAAAACUGUCUGCUUAUAAUUACAUGUAGGUAAAUUUCCUUACCCUUCCUCAACAGUCCAGAAUAUGAAAAACUAUAGAAUAAUAAUUUUUAUUUACAUUUUUUUUUUUCCAUUAGGAGAUUCAACGGCCUGGGUUCUUCCCUUUACCUCAGGAGGCUUUAUCUAUAUUGCCUUGGUAACAAUUGUUCCAGAUCUUUUAAAGGAAACAAGACCAAAGUAAGUUCUUCAAGAAACAUUGUAAUCUGUAUCUCAAAUCUCCUAGGGUUUGUUUGGUUUUGUCAGGCUAUAUGACAUCUCUCUCCCUUCCCCACUGGGCUGAGAUAGGACUUGUUGUGUGACAAGAUCAAACAGUGGCUACUAAAGAGACUGAUAAGCAUGGCUGAUAACCAUGUAGAUUAAAAACGAAGUUAGGUAAUUUUUGAUGAGUUUGGAAGCCUCAGGAAAAUGUUAAAAAAUCUACACUCUGCUGUAAGUAGUAUGGGAAAGUUGUAACUUGCUUUCAAUUGAUUCAAACACCUGGGGGGGGGGGGGGGGGGGAAGUGAGCAGAUGUCAACCUGGGGUCUUCACCACAGCAUUUGACUUUUAAAUUAAGUGUGGGAGCAGGGAUGGUGCAGUGGUGAGAGUGCUUGCUUCCCACCACUGUGGCUUGGGUUGGUGUCACAUAUGGGUGGAGUUUGUUGUUGAUGUUCAUCCUUGCUCCAAGGGUUUUUCUUGGGAUUAUCUAGUUUUCCUCCUUUCGCAAAAACUAACAUUCCAAAUUCCAAUUUGACCUGGAAACAGUGGAUAGGAAGAGCUACCUUGUGGAAUGUUGCAAAAUUUCCAUUUAUUUGUCUUUUUGUGAUUGACUUUUUAACUGUUGUAAAGUAUUUAAGGAUGGUCAUCUAUCAUGAGAAUAAACUGUGCUGGACUAGUUUAUUUGUGAAGGUGUUCUGACCAUCAACCAAAAUGUACUUGACUGAAUAGCAGCCGACAAAUAUCUGGGGAAGAAUUCUUGUUAGCUUUUUAUCUUUUCGUUAUCAACUGAAACUAAAUUGAUCAGUCAUAGCAAAUAGAUGUUUUUGGUACCAUGUAAGGCAAGAUUUCUAAAUUCAAUGUGUUACUCACCAGUGUGUUGUAGGUUUAAAUCUAUUCCAUAUGAUUAUAACAUAUUUGCAGUUUAAUAAAUUAAUGUUAUUUUAUUGUUUUCAGGGAGUCAAUCAAACAGACUAUCAUGAUGAUUGCUGGAAUCUCUUGCAUGGGGCUUGUCUCACUGAUUCACUAAACUAAACUUUUCACCAACUGUAGGAAUUUUUUUACCAGUAGCACAUUCACACACAUGAAAAUGUUUGCGUUUAUAUGUGUAGGAUAGGACAAGUAAUUGAUAAUUGAGUUUAAAGGAAAAAAAAAAAAACUCCUUAAAAGUUAUUUUCGCUCAACUGUAAAAGCAAUGUUCACUCUCAAUUCUAGAAUUUGGAGACAUAAUGUACAGCAGUAAUAAAUGAAUAAAUAUAAUUAUUUUAAUGUAAUUACCUUUAUAUGUAACGUAAAAUUGCUAUUUAUUAACAAGACAAAGGCAAUGCUAGAGUUGCAGUAAGAAUUGAUAGUUAUGAAACAGAGCCUAAAAUAAAUGACUGUGCUUUUGUAGUUCAAAAAAAUUCCAAGCAACAGAAUUAGAACAGGGUAGUUGACAGUGUCUGAUGUGGUUUUAAAAUGAGUACUGGUUAGUAACAAAAUUUUGGCCUUUGUUAUAUUUAACCACAUACAUGUAAAAUGGUCGAACAUGAGACAAUAGUCCAACUGGAUUAUAUUAUCCAACCAGUUCAAUUGGUCAAAUGGAAUAUUAGUAGCACUUUGUAAUAGAUUUGAUUUGAAGUGCUCGUUAAACCUUCAGCGAUUUCUUUUAAAUUAGUAUAUGACCAGUAUGGGCCAGCUUGUGCUUUAUGGGAAAAUAUAACAAAAACCCUCAAGGCACAACAACUGGCAAUACACAGCUAAGCAUGGGGCCAUGCAUUAUGUGAAGAUGGGAAAAAAAUUUAAGAAGAAAGGGAAAGAGCAGUGGUCAUAAUUAUGCUAAAAUGCUUUUAAGUUGAGUCAAAGGGGAAAAUAUGUGGGUUUUAGUUAUCAGGUAUGGACCUCAAGCCAAAUUUUUUCCUGUUUUUUUGGGGUUUGGUUUAUUUUCCUGCCCUCCCAGUCUACCACUCUGUCACUAAGUACAGAGAGUUGAAUAUGAGAAAUUAGAAUUUAAAAAAUAGAGUAUUAGGGGUGUGCCUUUGCAAAUCCUUUGAUCAGGGUCUACUAGGAUUCUCAAGUCAAUGAAAUUUUUUAUUUUUUCUUUACAGUAAGGUAGUAAAUCUGAGAAAAAUGUGGCAACCUUAGUCAUGUAGGUUUACCACUGUUAUUUUCACUUAACUAAUUGUCAUGAUAUAUUUUCCACAGAACAUUGUUACUGAGAAUAUUUUGAAAAUCAUGGUAUAAUAGCAAUAUUUUUUGAAUAGAUUCUGUAUAAUCUGACAUAAGAUCUCAAUCAUUGGGGAAUUUAAUUUUUAAUUGUAGCAGAUAAAGUAACUCAUUAAGUUAAAAAAGAAGGAGUUCUAACUGUAUUUUGACAUAAGUUAUUGCACUUAAUUUUACAAAAUGUGAAUGAGAUAAAGAAGGGUAGCCACAAUCUGGGACAAAACAGUUGACACAUUGCUAUGAAGAGCCGGAUAUUUUGGAAUUGGAUACACAUUUCAUCCGUUUUACGGAACACUUUCUAACCCUCUCUCCCAUGUACUGGAUAGUGGUUCACUUUGUUUUUUGUGAAUAUACAAAAUUGAAUAAAUACAAUACAAUAUUGAAAGGGGAUGCUGGUACGAUGUAUUAAGUUACAGAUGAUUUCAGAUUUCAUUCCUCAAAUGUGGCUUGGAGAAUUUUUUGUCAACUGAAUUUGUCCUGGGUUGCAGGUAAUUUUGAAGGGAGUUGAAAAGUGUAGUGUGGGUUGUUUGAAAUGGAAACAACAUUUAAUUUAGCAAUUUGAGAAUAUUUUAAACAUAGACAAGGUGUGACCUGAGUUUUAAACCAAACGUAGUCAUGGCAGAUUAUCACGAUCUAUAAAAUAAAUUUUGGUAAUAGUGACAAAAUUAAAUGGAAAUAAUUAAUACUUUAUUGAUGUCUUGUUGAUAUUAAACAAGUCUUUGUGGAUGACUGAUUAGCCAUGAAUAUAUUUUUAAUACUCAUUCUGGAAUUUUAAUUGUAUAUAGUGAUACUUAGUGAGGAGUUUAUGUAAUUGUUUUAGAAUCUGUCAAAGAAAUGAAAUUGUGUUCAAAACAUUUUUUGUGAGUGAUAAUGAAAUAAUAGAAGACGAAGAUAAAACACAG